GUAUUGGGAAGCACGUAAGUAAAUAAGCGGGACGGAACAGGCAAGACCGGAGGAGAGAGAAAAACAAGAGAGAGAAGAUCCAUCCUCUGCCUGCGAGCGAGAAUGGCGGAUUAACUGUCCGUUCGUCCCUUCUGUGUCCCAUUCUCUCCAUCCGUUAGUUACAAUUUCGCGACAUACAUUAACACGCAACACAAUCCUUGUUCGUCUUCGCGUUACAGCCUUCCCUGGAUCGAAUCGUUCUCUCUCCUCGUCGCCACAGUUACACGAUUGAGGGAGUUUGAGUAUGUUUGCAUGUGGGGAAUUGUCGUGAAAGUGCUAAAGGAAGAUACCCGUUGGUGGACGGCAUGUGUAGGGCAUACUAGAUUUACGCAGAUGAUUGAAUGUUGUUGAGGUAGCUUCUGAGUGAUGGAUUCAGCUAGGAGCUGGUUUCAGAAGUUUCAGCCGCGAGAUCGAGUGAGACCUUCGCCUAAGAACAAGGAAUCCCCUUCCAUGGGAAGAGAAGAUUCAAAGCCGAUAUCGGCUGAAGAAGCAUCGAAUAUUACAAAACAGAAAGUUGCAGCGGCCAAGCAGUAUAUAGAGAAUCAUUACAAGGAGCAGAUGAAGAACCUGCAGGAAAGGAAGGAUCGACGAAAUUUACUGGAGAAGAAGUUGGCUGAUGCUGAUGUCUCUGAGGAAGAUCAAAGCAACCUCCUAAAAUUCUUGGAGAAGAAAGAAACUGAAUACAUGCGCCUUCAGAGGCAUAAAAUGGGUGCUGACGAUUUUGAGUUACUGACUAUGAUUGGAAAGGGUGCAUUUGGGGAGGUUAGGGUUUGUAGAGAAAAGACAACAGGUCAAGUAUAUGCAAUGAAAAAGCUUAAGAAAUCAGAGAUGCUUCGUAGAGGCCAGGUUGAGCAUGUGAAAGCUGAAAGAAAUCUGCUUGCGGAGGUGGAUAGCAAUUGCAUUGUCAAACUAUACUGUUCUUUCCAAGAUGAAGAGUUUUUGUAUCUGAUCAUGGAAUACCUACCUGGUGGAGAUAUGAUGACUUUGCUUAUGAGAAAGGAUACAUUGACUGAAGAUGAGGCCAGGUUUUACAUUGCGGAAACAGUUUUGGCGAUUGAAUCCAUUCAUAAGCAUAACUACAUCCAUAGAGACAUUAAGCCUGAUAACUUGCUGCUUGAUAGAUAUGGUCACUUAAGACUAUCAGAUUUCGGACUAUGUAAACCCUUAGAUUGCAGCACUCUCGAAGAGAAGGAUUUUUCAGGGGUGGACAGUUUUAAUGGAACUUCACAAAAUGGUGAACGUCCUUUAGCACCAAAGCGCACUCAGCAAGAGCAAUUGCAGCAUUGGCAGAAAAACAGGAGGACACUUGCUUAUUCUACUGUUGGUACACCUGAUUACAUUGCUCCAGAAGUUUUGCUGAAGAAAGGUUAUGCGAUGGAAUGUGAUUGGUGGUCGCUUGGUGCUAUUAUGUAUGAAAUGCUCGUGGGAUAUCCUCCUUUUUAUUCUGAUGAUCCUAUGUCAACAUGUAGAAAGAUAGUCAACUGGAGAACACAUCUAAAGUUUCCUGACGAAGCAAAGUUAUCUCCCGAAGCAAAAGAUCUUAUUAGUAAAUUACUGUGCAAUGUCAACCAGAGACUAGGCUCAAAAGGCGCUUAUGAAAUAAAGGCUCAUCCCUGGUUCAAAAGUGUUGAUUGGGAUAGGAUAUACCAAAUGGAGGCUGCAUUCCUUCCUGAGGUCAAAGAUGAGUUGGAUACUCAAAACUUUGAGAAGUUUGAUGAGUCUGAUAGCCAAUCUCAAAGUUCAUCCAGAGCAGGUCCAUGGAGAAAGAUGCUCUCAUCCAAGGACAUCAACUUUGUAGGGUACACGUAUAAGAACUUCGAAAUUGUCAAUGAUUAUCAAGUGCCUGGGAUGGCUGAAUUGAAGAAGAAAAACACCAAACCAAAGAGGCCAACCAUCAAGACACUCUUUGAGGAAGAGUCAGAUACACCAGACUCGGAUGCUAGUGAAACGUCUCAAGGGAGCUUUUCGAACCACCUGCCUCCUCAACGAGCCUUUUCUGAGAAACGGAAAGAGCCUGCUUAUGAGAAACGGAAAGAUUCUGUCUGACAUUGCUGAUCCCUCCAUACCUUCUGAUGGAAUCAACUUUCAUGAGUAAAUUUUGCCCUCGAUUACGCUAGUACAUGUGGAUUAGAGACUAAUUUGGCAGGAACAUGAGUCUGAUUGGGACACGUACAGUCGGUACAGAGAAGUGCUGGCUUUUGGACGUACUUGUUUGUGUGAAUCGAGAUCCUUUUAACUGUUUUUGGUUUUGUUCGUUUUUUUGCAAGAAAGAGCGGAAAAAUCAAACCACCGAUUCAUUUGAUUUGUAAUUUGUUUUGUAACCUUUAUUUUUUCCUCUUGUAAAAUGCUGUAUACGGAAAAAAAUAUCUUACACUCAUGCCCAAAUGUAGCAUGUUGUCACUUUGAUUUAUAGAAGUUAACUUCCUUUAGUAGUAACUGCGAUCAAUCAUGAUGUUUGAGGGGAGUUAAAAAAUAAAUAUAAAAUA